UGUAUAGGCUUUGGGUUUAACAGCGUGAAGAACAGUUAGAAGUCUAUAUUUCACUGAAACAUUUGUACAGGACAGGUUUUGAGAAACAUGUUGUUAUGGCACUGCGUGAUGUAUGAGAUCCCAGAGAACCUGAUGAUAGAUAUACUCCUACAAGUUCCAGCCAAAGAUAUUGUACAGAACUGCGUGCUUGUAUCUAAAGAGAUGAAGGAUAUCAGCGACAAGACCGCACUGUGGAAGAGAAAAUGUAAACUGGAAGGGAAGUAUAUUCCUAGUUUUGUGAAGAAAGAAGAUUUUAAAAAGAUGUAUUUCUUUAAUCCCUACACAAGAAAUCUGAUCAAGAAUCCAUGUGCACAGGAGGGAUUACAACACUGGCAAGUGAUGCAAACUGGAGGUGAUAACUUCAUAGUGGAGGAAGAACAUCAUGGAUCUCAGGAUGUAACUCAAGAUAUGGUUCAAGAGUGGCCAGAUCGGAAUAUAAACAAUUGGGCCACGUCGUAUGAGCAUUGUGAGAAAAUGCAGAGAAUUAACCUAGGGGAGGAGGGCGUGGUCGCUGAAGUGUUGGACACGAACAAACCACCCAUCUACAUCUCCGAGUGGUACGCUGCACGACAUGACUGCGCAUGUCACUAUGAGCUGGAGGUGAAGCUGUUGUCUGGUGACGAGCAAGAGCUGGACAGAUUCAGCUUUGAGGUUAAUGUCCCACAGUGGAAAUCAGGAGAGUGGACUAAGGUGGAGCAUGUGUUUACAGACUAUGAGGCUGGCGUUAGGUUCAUUGAAUUCCGACAUCUUGGGGUUGAUAGGCAGUUUUGGGCCGGACAUUACGGACCAAAGUUUACUCUCUCAACUGUGAAAUUUAUGUUUGACUAAUGCAAAAUAGUGAAUGUCAGACUCUGUAUUUUCAGAAUUAAGCUGAGAGAGCAAUAUCGACUGGUCGCCAUAGCAACCGUUAGUUAUCAUGGUAACCACAAACAUGUGAUAUUUGGAGAUGGAGGUGAAUACAUGUAUCUAACUGAUAUCCCUGAAUAAUCUAUCGUCAAAAUAUUAUCUGUAAGAAUAAAAGACACUUCAGGAAGUGAAAUUUGAUUAAUAGAAGCUCGCCUAUUGUAUGUUAUUUGAGAAGCUUGACAUAAGGUGAAGGUGGUAGUGGUUUGAUUUGUUGAAAAUUUGUGUAAUUACUGUAUUGCUUAAAGUGCAGGUAUCAUGGAAAAUAGUAAUAGAGUUUUCUUACAUCCUUAUGUAGGUAGUAUGCAGUACUAUAGGAUGGCCGAGAUAAAAGUGUGAAUACCAAACCUUAGUGAGUGAGUGAGGUUUUACACCGCUUUUAGCAAUAUUCCAGCAAUAUCACGGCGGGGGACACCAGAAAUGGGCUUCACACAUUGUACCCAUGUCAGAAAUCGAACCCGGGUCUUCGGCGUGACGAGCGAACGCUUUAACCACUAGGCUACCCGAGCGCCCCACCAAACCUUAGUUGUUGCGCUUAGUUAAAAGGACAUAUUUCGAUGUCCGUGUUUGUCAGAACCAAAACGAAUCUUAAUUAGCACGGAUGGCUUGCCUCCAAGCUGAUUAGGUAUUAGAAUUGUAGGGAGACCUGUAUGAAUAAAAUACAGGUAUGGAUUCCAUAUUUGUCAAGAGGAGUGAGUGAGUGAGUA